AUGGCCGCAGCCACGAGGAAGUCAACAGCUGUGCUUCUGUGUCGCUGGGACGCCCACGGCCCGGCGCAGCCCCACACCACCGUGUGCCACACCAGCUGCCCCUCGGGCUGCCAGGCCGCCUGCCGCGUGCCCAGCUCCUGCCAGCCGUCCUGCUGCACGUCCAGCCCCUGCCAGGCGACCGGCAUGCCCGUGAGCCGCAAGCCAGGUGUAUACGUGCCCGUGAGCCGCAAGCCGGUUGUAUACGUGCCCGUGAGCCGCAAGCCGGUUGUAUACGUGCCCGUGAGCCGCAAGCCAGGUGUAUACGUGCCCGUGAGCCGCAAGCCUGCCGUGUGCCUGCCCGCGAGCUACAAGCCUGUGCGCGCGGCCUCCUCCUGCCACUCCUCCGUGUGCUGCCAGCCCUCCCGCCCCGCCCUGCUCUGCAGACCCGCCCCCUGUAGCACCCCUUCCGGCUUCCGAUCACGCGGCUCCUCCCAGCGGCUCCCACUGCAGACGGGGUCACACCUGCACCCCUCCCGGCAGGAGUCCUCGGUGGGCCUCCAGGUUCUGCACGUGGCAGGCGACAAGCACGCUCAGCCAACCCUCUGA